GAUGGGGCGGAAGUGGUGGCUUCGCCGCGCGCCAUUUUCAAACCGGCGGCGGGGCCGGGCCGGGCCGGGGCUCCUGCCGCAGAACCGGCCGCUGCCGAUGCGCUCUGACCGCGGGGAGCGCGGAUUAGCCCGGCUGCCGCUGGGCUCUCUGUUCCUCCGGGCUCUGCCGAUGCCUAGGUGACACGUCUCGGCGUCUCCUCCGUGGUUUGCCCUGGAAGAAUUUACCUUCAGCAGCGUGUCGGUGUCCUUUCUUCCCUCAGUUUUAUAAAGGCUGCACUUACAAUGACGACAGCAGCGGAGCGGAAGUUUGUUAAUCUCAGGAAACGUCUGGAUCAGCUGGGCUACCGGCAGCCCUUGGGAGUGGAGAGUUUACCUUUGGUGGAAAAGCUUUUUAGUGACCUUGUUCAUACAACAGAGAGCCUGCGCAGUGCAAAGUUAUCUGCUGGAAAAAUUGAAAAAGAAUGCAGCAAUUAUGAUGCUAUUAUAGAACCAUAUAAAACUGAGAAUGCAAAACUUACCAGGGAAAAUAAUGAGCUGCAUUUGGAAAUAUUAAAACUGAAGGAGCAAUCUGAUCGUCAUAUCAAAGACUUGAAAGCCAGCUUAAGGAGUGUUGAAAAUGAAGCAGUUGACUUGAGAUUCCUGAAUAACCAGUAUGUGCAUAAAAUUAAACUGCUGGAAAAAGAGAGCAAAGCCAAGACUGAAAAAAUUCAGCAGCUUCAAGAGAAGAAUCUGCAAGCGGUUGUGCAAACUCCUGGUGGCAGAAAAAGAAACAUCCCAUUCAGGCGUCAACGCAUGCAGAUAGACCAGCCUGUCCCACCAUCAGCUGUUAGUGCCUACCCAGUGCCUCAGCCAGAGGACCCGUAUGUUGCAGACCUUCUUCAGGUGGCUGAUAAUCGAAUACAAGAACUUCAGUCAGAAGUGACACAGUUACAGGAAAAACUAGAGAUAUCAGAAAACGGAAAGAAGAAUUACAGCAAGCAGGUUGAGCUUAGAGACAAAGAAAUAGAACGCCUAAUGCUAGCAUUGGAUGGUGGUCGUUCUCAUGAAGUUGUAUCUCUGGAAUCAAGAAGUAAAAGUAAUGAGAAACUUAUUGCUCAAUUAAAUUUGCAGGUUGAAUAUCUUCAGCAAUCAAACAAAGAACUUGAAAAUCGCAUUCAAGACCUCUUGGACACAAAAAAAAAUGUGACUAGUGAGGUAGUGCACUUAAGCAAUAAAAAUGAAGAGCUCUGUCAAGAACUGAAUGAAAUAGACCAUUUGGCACAGCAGUUGGAGAGACAUAAGGAAAUUGUGCUUGAAACUGCAGAUAAAGAAAUAGGAGAAGCAAAGAAGGAAAUUGAAAGAAAGGACAAUGAAAUACAGGAUCUUGAAGACACAAUAACGAGGCUUAAAUCAGAGCUGUGCUCAUGUCGUCGUCAGAAUGAGAGAUUGAGUGAAGAACUCUUUGGAAAAGCAGAUGAUAAAGCGAAUCUCGAACUACUGCUAAACCAGCUUGAACAAGAGAAACAGAGGCUGACAGAAAAAACAGAGAACUUUGAAAUAAAAGAACGGGAACUUGUCUUAGAAAUAGAAAGAAUGAGAUUAGAAUACGGUAUAGCUCUAGGAGACAAAUCUCCAUCUCGCCUAGAUGCAUUUGUCAAAACUUUAGAAGAUGACAGAGAUUAUUAUAAAAGAGAAUUAGAGUAUCUUCAAAAAAUGAUAAAACGAAGACCUAGCCCAACUCGUAGGACUCCAGAGAAGAGUGAAGAUCUGAGAUUGAUCACCAGAGAAAGAGAUGAGCUACAGUCCAUGUUAGACAGAUUUGAAAAGCAUAUGAUAGAAAUUCAAUCCAGCGUCAAGCUACUGACUGCAGAAAGAGACAGAUUGAAUAUUCUUUAUGAGCAGUCUCAGAGUGAAUUAAACAGGCUGAGAAGAGAAGCAAAGCAUCAUUUAGUUUCUCAAAGUCACGUGGGAGAAGAUGGAGAUGUUGCACUGGCAGACUUUAGAAGACUGAUGACAGAAAAGGAAAGUCUAAGAGAAAAGUUAAAGAUUCAGCAAGAAGCGGCUAACCUUGAAAAAUCAAAGAUGCAGCAUGAUAUUUCAGAACUGGAAAAUAAUAUUCAACAAUUUGAGUUGGAAAGAUGCGAACUAAAGAGUACAAUCUCUAUCCUGAAAGAAAGAAUAAAGUCUUUGGAAAAUGAAUUAAAAUUGAAGUCCAAUAAACUUAUGCAGACAUCUGAUGAUUCUUCUCAAUUUAAGGCUGAACUUUGCUCACUUCACCUCUUAAAUGAACAACUCCAGAGAACUGUGGAAGACUUACAGCACCGGUUGUCUCUCAAAAAGGAUGAACUUCAGUCAGCUCAAGAAGAAAUUGUAAAGCUAGAGGAGAAAAUAGAUAGGUUAAACCAGAAGAGCACUUCACAGGAUGAGGCAGUCAAUGUGCUUAGAAGUACUAUUACUGUUUUGGACAAAGAAAAGGAUAAUCUUCAAGAAACCGUAGAUGAAAAAACAGAAAGAAUUGCGUGCUUAGACGACAACUUAGCUAAUAAGGAAAAGACAAUUACUCACUUACGGCUAACGCUCUCUGAGCUGGAGUCGUCAACAGACCAGCUGAAGGACCUCUUGAGCAGCAGAGACCGUGAGAUAUCUAGCUUGCGUCGCCAACUUGAUGCAUCCCACACAGAGAUUGCAGAAACAGGAAGAGUAAAGGAAAUAGCUCUGAAAGAAAAUAGACGACUACAAGAUGAUCUAGCUACAAUGACCAGAGAAAACCAGGCUGUUAGUUCUGAGCUUCAAGAUGCAAUACGUGAAAAGGAAGAAAUGAAAACAAGAGUGCAUAAUUAUAUAACUGAAGUUUCCAGAUUUGAGAGUCUGAUAGCUUCAAAGGAAAAAGAAAACCAAGAAUUGUUAGAGAAGUUCCGAAUGCUUCAUACACAAGCUGAGGACUGGGAAAUCAAGGCUCAUCAAGCUGAAGGGGAAAGCAGCUCAAUACGGCUUGAACUCCUUUCUGUAGAUACGGAUCGGAGACAUCUUCGAGAGAGAGUAGAACUUCUGGAAAAAGAGAUUCAAGAGCAUAUGAUUGCACAUCAAGCUUAUGAAUCUCAGAUCUCCUCCAUUACAAAAAAUAUGUCUAAAUUGGAAGAGGACAUUAAACGUGAACAUCAGGAUAAGUCCUCUGUGUUGGCUGACCUGACUUCUGUGAGAGAACUUUGUGUUAAACUUGAAGCUAGCAAAGACCUUUUAUCUCGACAGCUUGCGUCUAAAAGCAUGGAUUAUGAAAGGGUUCUAAGUGAAUUAGAAGAUGUUAAAUCAGAAGCAGAGUUGCUGAAAAAGCAGUUAUCCAGUGAGAGACUUACAAUUCAGAAUCUUGAGACAUUGCUGGCUACCAGUAGAGAUAAAGAAUUUCAGAACCAUUUAACGUCUCAUGAAAAAGACUCAGAAAUUCAGUUACUGAAAGACAAGCUAACACUUGCUGAGGGGAAACUUGCAAUCACUAAAAUCCUUUCCUCCGAGAUCAAGGGAAGUGGUCCUUCCCCUCUUCACAGCACUGGUGAGGCCCCACCUGGGGCUUUGUGUCCAGUUCUGGGCUCCCCAGUACAAGAGUGAUAUGGACUUAAUGGAUUGAGUCCAAUGAAGGGCCACGAAGAUGUUUAAGGGACUGGAGCAUCUCUCCUAUGAGGAAAAGGCUGGGAGAGCUCAGGCUGCUUAUCUUGGAGACCAGAAGGCUCUGGAGAGGAUCUAUCAAUGUAUGUAAAUAACUGAACAGGAGGAAAGACAGAGCCAGUGUCUGUUCUGUGGUGCCCAGUGACAGGGAUGAUGGGCAAUGAGCACCAGUGGGAACACGAGAUUCCUUCUAAGCGAGCACUUUUUGACUCUGCCAUUGCACAGAGAGCUUGGGGAGUCUCCCUCUUUGGAGACAGUCAAAAGCCAAAAGAACUGAAACCAAUACCUACAGUGAAUGUGGACAGCACUUUCAUUAUAACUCUUUAUGUGAAAUUUCAGUAAACUAAGUUUUGAAGUUUUCAUUUUAGGUCUCAUCAUAACAUGGUAACACGAUUUAUUCUUGUGGGGAUCAUUAGCCAGUGAUUGUAGUGGUAACUCUGCACUGAAUAGCAAGAUGCUGAAAUAGUGGCUGAGUGUAGAUGAAGAUGAAGCCUGGAGUCAAACUAAAUUUCAGAAAAGAAUAAAAGAACAUUGCAGUAGGUUGAAAAGGGAAACAUGCAGAAAGUAAAAGGACAGAUAAUGCUUCCCUGUUACAAGAAGUAGAAUAUAACAUACCUGAACUGUUAAAAGCUAUGUGUGAUGACACAAAUGUCAAGAAAAUCACUUCGGAUUGAUGUGUGUAAAGGCUUACUACUGAAAAUUGAUGCCAUACAUCAAAUAAUGAUGAUCUCAGUAAACGUAUAGAGGGUGAUGGUAUCGAUCACUUCUGUGCAUCUCAUUGCUUCAUGUUUUAGAUUUGCUGAAUUUUGUUUACUUGAGAAAAAAAGAAUUUUAAUCACGUACAAAGAUAUAAACUAAUGGAAUGUCCUGACUGUGAAAUAAAACAUGGAAAUUACAAAACAAGAAAAGAAUGAGGUUUUCAUUUAACAUAAAUUCAGCUUCUUGCAUGCCAAAAAUACAAAACUUUGUUUCAAUUACUUCAUAAUAUUUCUUUCAAAAGAUUUCUUCUGAAUGCAUUUUAAGGUUCCUUUCUUCUUUAUUGCAAAUGUCAAUACUGUGUUUAUAUUGGAGGUUCCUUGUCUUGCCAGGCUUGUGUUCAGGUAUAAGAACUAGUUGCAUAUGCUUCCAUUUUCUAUUAUUCAGGUUUUGUAGUACUUGGAGUCUGAAGGACAGAAGCUUUAAAUGCUCACAACUGUGAUUGAAGUAUGUGAGGGUUACAGUUGUGUCUUGUGAAAAAUGCAGUGAACUUGUCAGCUAGAACUGAAACUUUGCAGAAGUUGUGCAUCGAUGUUUUUGAACAUUAUUUACAUUUUUGACACUAUUGUGCCUGUGCUUCCACUCUGUUUAUAAAAUAGUACUGAUACAGCCUCUAACUUCAGAAGGAUUGUCAAAAGUAUAGCUUUGAAGCUCUUCACUGCCAUAAAUUUUGAACUCUGUGAAGAGUGAAUAGUUGCAUUACUCAAAAUGCUUCAUUCAAAAUGGGGUAAAUGAGUCACUGAGACUGCAGUCAUCAGGUACUAAAUAAACAGCAUAUUCAGUAGCUAAACUACUUGAUGCUAGCUGAAGAUACUGACUGUGGAAAGGCCAGAUGCCAUGUGAAAAAUAUUGGAUCACCAUGUAAUUUUAUUAUAGGAUGAUUGCUGUGCAUACAGGUUCCAAAAUUUUGUUAUUCUUAAUCUUCCUUAAUUUUUGAGUGACUUAACUCAUCAUCUCUACUUUUGUUUCAAAGUUAUUUACAUGUACUAACCUCAGAAUUCACAAAACUGCUUUCUUUCUUUAUCUUACAAUAAUGAUUUUGGGCUCUGAGUUCUUACCUUCAUCCUGGAAAUACAUGCCAAUUUCGGAAGGACUUUGAAUAUUAUAUCAUCAGAAGCCUUCUGCAACUAUUUGCAAUAUGCUAGAUCAGAAUUAUUAUAGAAAUUUUAUUGAUGAAUAUGGAAGACAAGGAAAAAUGUACUGCGUUUCUGGGGGCUCCCAUCUCUUGAGUAUUUUGCAUCUGCCUGGAGUCAGAGACCAAUGGGUGCCCAGACAUGCAGUCUGAUACUGAGCUAGGAAAGGAACUUGUUUUCUCAGGAUUGCAGUUCAGUGCUUACACAGCGAGCUACGACAUCUUUCCCUUUCCGCAACUGACUUCUCAGCACUCAGCUUCAUACUGGCUUUGAAGACAUGGAAUAAUAUGCCUGUUUAGAUGACUCCUUUUACACUCAAGGAGUGACUUUUUUUUUUUCUCUGUUCUGUAAUGCAAUUUGGAGUGUUUUGCAGUCAACCGUUGAAUUAUCCAGAUCAGUGAUUUGCUGAGAAACAUUUUUAAUUAUGUCACUUAAGAUUUUCAGGGCUGUUUUUCUUUUUGAUCCUUGAGGUUGAAACAAUUGACCCCAAAAUCAGGAGUGUACUUGGCAAACCUGCAGAUUUUGCUGGUUUGAGCUUGUAUUAAUACCAGUUUUAUUUAGAUGUUAUUCAGUUAUGUUCCCUUCUAGACUGAUACUUUUUACUGCAGUUUUAUCAGUUAUGUUUGUACAUUUUAUGAAUGGCUACUAUUUUUUUCUUCUUUUUCACUGUACGCAUAAAAACGAUUUAAUAUUGCAACAGAAGACAAUCAGUAGAAUAGUAACGUAAUUAAUUUGUCUGCUUUUAUAGAACAUUGCUGCUUGUCUUUGCCUGAAAAAGAAUAUAGUGUGUUGUAGUAAAGAUGCAAUGAGAGACUUAGUAGCUUCUCACAUCUUUCUCGCCUUAGAUUCUUCUACAAGCAUGCCACGGAAUUGGCUUGGCUCUCCUUCUAAUCUGUCUCUGUGAUUUGCUCUGUAUGAAACAGCAUGUUGAGUUUCUCGUUUUCUUUUGUUGACUUGCUCUAAUUGCUCUGAGCUCCUAUCUAUUGGCGUUCAAAGAAAACGUUGUUGCUUCUGAUGGUUU